GUUAUUGUUAAUUCCUGCACUCAAUUGUAGCUAUUGGAAUAAAAAUAGUCAAAAUAAUACGAUACGUGUUUUGUAGAUCAUGCACCUGAUACACCGUUCAACCUAGUUACGGCAGCUCCAUAAAUGGCCCACACGCAGCGACACAGUAUACCAUGUCAGUGAAGCGAAGCACCAUCGACUAAAUGUCCAACCUCAGACAGGUUUAACUCUAGAACCACCAGGCGUUUUAACGUGGUUACUAAAAUGCCUUGAGGUACUCAAUACGGCACAUAACUAGCCAAGAAGAUCCAGAAUUCUUGAAAAGCGAAAAUCUAAUAAUUGUGAUUACAACAAUCAUGAUACCCAAAAUUAUAUUAAUUUUCGUUCUAACGUACGCUGCUAGUAGUACCGCUAUGAGGACCAGGCAAAUAGUACCUAUCGACGCACUGAAGAAGCUUGACAUUAAAACUUCAAUUAAUUCUAUUGGAACAGCAACAGGGGGAAUAAUCGGAGCUGUUCCAGAAUUGGUCACAGAUACAUUUGGGAAUAUUUUGGAUAUUAAUAAUAUGCCAAAUGUUCCAUGGAUACCAGUACCUGAACUCAUAAUCAACGAAGGAUACCCUUCAGAAAGCCACUUUGUAACAACCAGCGAUGGAUAUGUUUUGAAUAUUCACAGGAUACCCUACGGAAAAUCAGGCGCAAGUAACGGACAAGUUGUUUAUUUGCAACAUGGUCUCUUUGCUGCUUCUUCUGAUUGGGUUUUAAAUGGACCCAAAAAUGCUCUGGGCUAUAUACUCGCUGAUCUAGGUUAUGAUGUGUGGAUGGGCAAUGUAAGAGGAAAUAGGUAUUCUAGAAACCACACCACGUUUUCUCCUAGUUCUAAGGAAUUCUGGCAAUUUGACUGGCAUGAAAUUGGAAAAAUUGACAUUCCAACUAUUAUUGACUACAUCUUGGAGCAAACUCAACAAAGUGAUCUUUUCCAUAUUGGACAUUCUCAGGGUACAACAAGCUUCUACGUAAUGACAUCUCUAAAACCUGAAUACAACAACAAGAUCAAAGCUCAUAUCAGUUUAGCUCCAAUCGCUUACAUGAAUCAUUUAUUCAGUCCAUUGCUUAGAAUUGUAUCACUUGGUACAUUACCACUAGACGUCUUGUUCCAAAUGGUUGGACAAUAUGAAUUUAUGCCCAGCUCAGGAUUUUUAAACUUUUUGACAGACGCUGUGUGCUCAGAAGGCGUUGGAAAGGUACUCUGCAAGAACGUUCUUUUCGCAAUGGCUGGCUUCAGCCCGAAACAAAUGAACGUUUCUUCUAUACCGUUGUUGAUGGCUCACUAUUCAGCAGGAGCUGCAACCAAACAAGUGGUCCACUACGGUCAAGAAGUGAACAGCGGUAAAUUCGAACAGUUUGACUACGGAGCAUAUAGAAAUUACAAAAUAUAUGGCAGUAUCUUCCCACCUGAUUAUGAUUUAUCUAAAAUCACUGCUCCUAUGUACCUUAUAUACAGUUCUAAUGAUUGGUUGGCGGCAAAUGUCGACGUAGAAAAACUUUACAGCCAGUUACCUAAUGGUAAAGAGUUGUACAAUAUUCCUAUUCAGACAUGGAAUCAUUUGGAUUUUCUUUUCGGAAAUAAUGCCACUGAAAUGGUUUAUGAUAAAAUUGUACAAAUUCUUUCUAAUUAUUAGGAUGUUUAUUUUGUUUUAAGCAAAUUGAAGAG